UCGGCGGUCCGCGUCAUUCAACGGACGGACAGCGAGACGAACACAUCGUCUCCCAGCAGCAUCAGCAGUAGCAGCAAGGGUCGAGCAAUCCCCUCCAGCCAGUCGGCUAUAAAACCAACGGGCCAUCGGCGGUCCGCGUCAUUCAACGGACGGACAGCGAGACGAACACAUCGUCUCCCAUCAGCAUCAGCAGUAGCAGCAAGGGUCGAGCAAUCCCCUCCAGCCAGUCGGCUAUAAAACCAACGGGCCAUCGGCGGUCCGCGUCAUUCAACGGACGGACAGCGAGGCGAAUACAUCGUCUCCCAUCAGCAGCAGCAAGGGUCGAGCAAUCCCUUCCAGCCAGGUCGGCUACAAAUCCAACGGGCCAUCGGCGGUUCGGGUCAUUCAUCGGACGGACAGCGAGACGAACACAUCGUCUUCCAGCAGCAGCAUCAAGGGUCGAGCAAUCCCCACCUUCCAUCUUGAGUUGAUGGAAUAAUUUUCUAAGGGUUUGGUACCGAGCCUACGAAAGAGUUAAUUAAAAAAACGCGAUAAUUUUCUAAACUGCUGAUUAUCCAUUCAGUUGUAAGAGCGAUAGACAUCAAACAUGAAUACUGGAACUUCCCAAACAUCACGUCUUCCCAAGGAAGGAACCUCAAAUCACGACAAUGGCGCGGUUGGGUGCGGAACAACCAAUUCUCCCAAACGAAAAGCGAAAGUGAAGGUCACGAAGAAAAUGCUACUCGAGGAACUUACAGCACUCAAGUCUGAACUAGCCACAGUAAGAGCAGAAAAGGAAGCGACCACUGAAAAAACGAGCUCUGUAGGAAACGAUGGGGUGAAUUUCAAACCCAGGGAGACUUUUGAAGUUUAUCAGGAUACUUCCUCAGGGCACGUUUCCCUAUUGGCAACCAUGAGCAAUAUGUCUUUCGGUUCCCUGAACAUCCCCGAGUGCAGACCAUCGGAGGGUGAAACUGACUUAGACAAAAAGGCAUACGAGCAUUGGAAAGAGAUCCUGAAUGCGUCUUUCAAUUUAGUACAAGCUACAGAUGAACAAGCCAAAAUGGAUAUAUUUAGGAUCAAGGCCGGUGCAAAACUUUUGGAAGUUAUGCAAGGAACAUCGUCUAUAGUGAACAUGCCAAACGAAAGAACCCAUCCCUUCACCAAUGCCAUCGCUAGACUGGACAACUAUUUCGGAUCACGAACCUACAUUAUUGGGCAGCGAGGUAAAUUGAUGAAUAUGGUACAUCAUAGUAACGAGUCCAGCGUGGCCUUCGUUCGACGAGUGGCCGCAUCUGCUAAACUUUGUGGUUAUAAAUGCGAAGAAGAAAUGGAGGCAGUGGUGCGUACUAUCGUAAAAGGUACCACCGAUAGCCGAGUACGUAUACUGGCUCAUCGGAACUGGGUCAACCAGGGAGACAUGAACAGCUUAAUAUCCAUGGUACGUGAUCGAGAGAUGGAAAUGUUCAACGAAGAAGAGUACCAGAAGCUAAACCGACAAAGUAUUGCGGCAAUUGCAGCGGAAACAACGGAGCAUCGAGGAGCAUUUCGGCGUGGAAUCGGAACGCGAUUCAGAGGUUUUCAACGGGGACGAGGAACUUUUCGCCGAGUACAGCCACAAUUUCAAGGAACUUCCCGGAGCUCAUGCUGGCGUUGCGCAAGCAUGUAUCACGGUCCUUCUGUUUGUCCAAACAUUGACAAAGUUUGUCAUACUUGCAAACGUCGUGGGCAUUUGGCUCGUACAUGCGCAACAGUUCCCCAGCUUGGAGCAGGACAAAAGCGUGCCUCUAAUGACCUAGAAGAUGAAGAACCAAGACCAAAAAUUGCGGCAAUUAAACAAAACGGCGAAGAUAUCGACGAGAAGGUAAAGGAUAAUGUCGAUCCAGAAUGA